CUGACUUUUGAGACACAGACUGUUGGUGUUGGAAGAGACGUGGAAAUGGAAUGUAAACGAGAGGGUUCAGGGAGCCUGUUUUGGAUCAGGAUUCAUUCUGGAAAAUUUCCAGAAUAUUUAGGCAAAUCAUACAGUUUACCUAGUUUGGAUACUCAUAUUAAAACCUCAGAGCACACUGGAGCAUUUGUUCUGCAUAUUACCAAAGCAAAGCUUGGAGAUACAGGACUUUACUUCUGUAUGAAAACAACUCAACAAAACUUGACGUUUUUGAAGGGAACAAAUUUGACGGUCAAAGCAGCAGAACCUGUUACCACUGCAGUCUCUACACCUGAACCAGUCCAUCCUGGAGAGUCUGAGGGUAAAACCUGUCCAGAAGAGCACAGUGUGUGCUGUUAUAGAGCCGGAUCACAUUCAGGAGGAUCUAAUUUUACUCUGGGAAUCAGUGUCGACCGUGAUGUAUUCUCAACAAUGAAAUGCAACUGCAGUUUCUUCAAUAACACCAGCUGUCAUGAUGAUGGAGCAUAUUUCUGUGCUGUGGACACAUGUGAGAAGAUAAAACCAGGAAACAGAUCAAAACCAGACAACAAAGAGCAAACAGCAAGUCCUGAGUUAAUCGGCCUGAUGAUAGCGAUACUCUGCUUGGUCAUUUCUGUGAUUGUUAAUAUUUUCAGCUGCUUCCAAAAGCAAAUGGCAGAAUGUGAACCACUUAAAGCUGCUGCUGACCUGCAUAUAUACAGUGGACGUCAAAUAGUUCAACAGACCGAUGAGGACACACUAGUUUACUCUGCGGUUGUCUUCACCAUGAGGAAAGCUGCCAGCGGUGCAGUGAAGGAAGAGAGGAUCAGCUCUGCUUUAAAGGCUUUUGGGUUAAACUGA